UCAUCAACUAUGCAGAUCAACAGAAUGACAACUCCGCUGCUGCGCAUCAAUCGGUUAGACGGCUAUCCGGUGGAUCGCGGGGAAACUAAUAAAACAGGCACAGACAGGACAAACGAAACACACCGCGAAUCCGGCGGACCUCGAAUUUGCGGCCGAUGCUACGGCGCAGCAGCGUGGGAGAAUUUGCAAAAUCUAUCAUGGAAAUAACUCGUCGUGAGGUGGCAGCAUCGCCUUGAUGAGCGACCACGUCGAGUUUCUGCAACCAGAAAGUAGUGGGAGAAGCAGUGUAGCGCAGAUGCGCGUGUGCGAUCGAACGUACAACAUCGUGGAAUAUCUAGUGCCUCUUACAACUUCGCAUUCGAAAGACGUGUUAUCAGUGUUCUGAAAUAUUUGGCAGUCACGAAAUCUCACUGUGCAGCAAAAUAUAUUCAGAGUUCGUUUGACUGGAUACGUCAGUGCACGAGCCAGAAAGCGAUCGAUAGAUCAUCAAGUUACGCAAUUUUCCGUGAUCUUCAAUAUUUCUCACGAUGCCGUUCACAGCAGACGCUGCGGCAAGUCAGAUACAAGAGCGUUUGAGGAAUAUCUACAGUCUCGUACACGGGAUAGAGAGUCAACGUAUCCGCUCGGAGCAUAAUAUAAGCAACGUCAUGAAGACUCACGAAAAGGUUACACCGGAAGACAAGGUCUCCCCUUACUACCAGCAGAAACUGAAGAACCUGUACAGUGCCGCAGUGACUGACGCGCAGCAGGAAGAGGAGAUCCUGCGUGAGGCCCUUAGCAAGAUUAACGAGAUACGCACAAUACGAAACGAACGACGUAUACCGCGUAACGCCGGAAACAAGGAGACUAUCAGACGCGGCGCACUGAUGAAGAUGCUAAAAGACACUGCGCAGACCUUGCCUCUUUACGUAGGCAAGACACCUGGUGCCAAACCACCACCAUUGUGCGGCGCCAUACCAGCUGAGUCUACAUACAUCGCGAAGAUGGGUGAUAUGGUGGCUGCUCUAGUGAAAGGGAAAGAACUGGAAGAGGGAGAGAAUUGGAUACUCGCGGAAGUUGUGCAGUUCAAUCCCGCCACGAACAAGUACGAGGUUAUCGAUAUUGACGAGGAGCAGAAAGACCGUCACACGUUGUCGCGCAGACGAGUGGUAUCGUUACCGCUGAUGAAGGCCAAUCCUGAGACCGACUCACAUGCACUGUUUCCAAAAGGUUCUAUCGUGAUGGCACUGUAUCCACAAACCACUUGUUUUUACAAAGGAAUUGUGAAACAUCUACCGACUAAUGCCACAGAUGAGUAUCAGAUCCUGUUUGAGGACGCUGCGUAUGACGUCGGCUACUCACCACCAUUGAGUGUGGCGCAGCGUUAUGUGAUUUCCAUCAAGGAGAGCAAAAAAAAUAAGAACCAAUAUUAAGAAAUCGUACUAUUUUCCUAUAUUAAUUUUCAACUUUUUUAAUUAGUAGAAAAAGACGUAUAGUAAAAAAUUUUCUCAGUAAAAAACGCGACUGCGAAAAUAAAGCCUCCUUUUGCAGUAUAUAUGUAUAUAUGUAAAUAUGUCCGCCGUAAUUAAUUUAAAUAGUUUAUUAUAGGUCGAAAGAAAAA